AUGGCGGCGGACAGCGACCUCGGUGCUGAGGCGCUGCCCAACGAGGUAGUCGUGACGGAGAUCCUCGCCCGGCUGCCAGCCAAGUCCGUGGGGCGCUUCCGCUGCGUUUGCCGCGGGUGGUCCGCGAUGCUCUCCUCCGACUACUUCAUCGAUCUCCACCGCCAGCGAGCCAACAGAGUGGACCACCACAGGCUGCUCCUCACCGCGGUUGGGUCCUCCUACGACGGCUACCUGUAUUCAUGGCAGCUCGGCGACGGUGCGGUCGAGAAGCUGAUGCGAGACGAUUGGUUACAGUCAGUCGUGCCUCUCAACAAGCCCUACCGUGGCCCUUGCUCCGGCGGCUACUACGUCGUCAACCCUUGCUCCGGCGAGGCCCUGGCUCUGCCAGACAGCCAGGUGCCUUUUAAGAUGGCAUACAAAACUUCAGGAUGGAGCAGACGAUCCGUGGAGCCACCCUGCUAUCUUAGGGUCUCCUACGGCCUUGGUUACUGCACGACGAGGAAGGAGUACAAAGUCGUGCUCGUGCGCUUGUUCUCCGACCCUGAACCUGGAGAUGGAGGCGGUGGUUUUACGCCCACAACAUGCGAGGUCUUCGUCCUCGGCACAACUGGAACUGGUUACUGGAGGCCUAGUGCUGAGAGACCUCCCAUGUGCUCCGUGCGCAUGCUUCUCAAGUCACUCUGGAUUGCCCCAGUAGGUGUAUAUUACUCGGCUGCUGGUACUACUCUGAAGAUCAUGUUUGGGACAGGCUCUUGCAAGGUGUUUGCAGUGGACUCCAAUGGCGGCGGCGACCCAGAGAUUCUACCCACGCCAGAGGAUACCAUCAUUGGCAAACUGCGAGGAUGA